GGUGGGUGUGGGUGUGGUAGUUGUGGUUGUGGAGUUGAUGGAGGAGUUGUAGGGAUCCAUCAGUGAAAAGCGGGAGUUACUGCACCGGAUGCCACUCCUCUCGCUGCUGGCGUGCCCGCCAGUGAAUGUCACUUUGGUGCUUCCCAGGCGCCAGCGAGUUCCCAACACACAACGAAUCCCCGCCAAGUUCACCAACAGUAGCCAAAUCAACGAAGCCCCUAAACUCACCACCAUCAGGGUAGCGAGAUCACGUGCCAGGCCCCUUUCUGGAGACCCUCGAUAUACUGUAUGUGCUGGAAUUUUUUAUAUUCCUUUUAAGCGAAUCCUGCAUGAUGCAGUGUCCGAGAGCAUCUCAAGGAUCUUCUUGGUGUGUCAAAUUGGGAUCUUAAACUAUAUGAUCAAGGCUUUAGUGGAUGAACUUUAACGAGUGCCUGGAAAAUGGGUACAUACUACAAUAAACGCUCUAUCUCGCAAUCAGUCAAUUAUCGGGACAUAAAGCAGAUUUCACGGCUAAAGGUCC